GCUGGACCAGACAGCCCGUUCCUAUAACCCCUGCGUAUCGUCGAUUUGAGUUGGGGUAUAUGCGCUAGUAUUUUCUUCCAGGCUGCAGUAUAUCCGUCGCAUUUAUUUUGUUAACGUUCCCGUCUCCAGGACGUCACUACUAUUCCUUUGGCAAACCACCCUCCGGACAUAUCUUUGAAAUUCAAAAUGCUGCCGCCAUUUCGUAUAAAGGGCAUUGUUGGGCACCCCUUACACCGGCGACGUCGUUCUAGAAAUGAUGAUGGCCUCGAGUCUGAUAGUGCUUCGAUCUCAAGUCUGGAUAAGCAGCACAGGGCGGAGUUUGAAGUCCAAGGCGAUGGAGUAGUUCAGGUCACCGCAAACGAGUAUGACCGAACCAUAGAGGAACUUCCGGAAGCCAGGCUUCAGUAUCAGGAUGAGGACGAUGGUGAAACAGUGAUUGUAAGUCGUCUCUUGAUAUUCAGCGUUUCUCCAACUUCUGCGCUUUUUUGUACUGACUCUUGGUGAUGCUAUUUACUAGGUCGGUUCAUCAUUAGAACUUUCACAGCUUAUUGGUGAACUUCUACCAAAUAGCUAUCGUCUGCCUUUAAGCACACUCAACGCUGAGAAUGAUCCUGUUAUGCAUACAUUUGAGAUCCAACAGACUCUGCCAGUGGUAGACGUUUGGCGAAACUUUCGUUUGAGAACUGUGACCAACAGUAUCUCGGGGCAACCGUCCUGUCAAAUAAUACCCCUAAGCACUGGUUAUCGCUCAAAUGCGAGUUCCCGUCUGAAGACUGCGCCCCCAGAUCCCCCACCCGCUAUAAACAAACCACGCGUUGUUAAAGCAGAUCCCCAGGAGGAGAGCGCCCCUUCAGGACAGCAUGAAGGCUGUUCAGGUGUAACGAAUAUGGAAAGUAUUAAACAGUAUCCUCCUAUGAAGGAUACGUCAUCCAAUAUAUGGAAUGGUCCAAACCAUGAUACAGAGUUUGAAUCAUUUGGUGAAGGUGCCUCGGCGGAAGGUAAGUUUAUCACUGAAGAGGGAAAGAAGCAGGCGUAUGCUGCCGGGAAGCGUAUGCGUGAAAUUUACAAGGCAUACUGGCGUGGCUCGUAUCGUCCGGAACUAGAAGAAGGCCAUACGACUGGUACUUCCGGAGAUUUCUGGAGCACCUACAAGCCGACUCAUCAAUUUUCUGGACCUUCCACUAGCACAAGAGAAAGGGAGCCUGAUAGCCCAGAAUCCCCUAUUGAAGUAUCCCCCAAACCAUUUUUAUCAGAGUUUGAAGCUGAGCUAUCCCGGCUCAUGGCACAAAACUCAGGAUCAGAGCUACAUCUUAAGCCUGUAGGUGAGCCAGCAACAGCAACAACUAGGGAAUCUAGUUCCAACUCAACCUCUACAGACGGGAAAGAGCCGGUAACAGGGCAUUCGGAGAAUAAUAAUGCUCAGCCGACUUCAGGCCAGGCUACAGAGGCCUCGGAGGCGAUAUCUCAUAUUGUUACAGUCUUUGGAAAGUCUUUCCAAUCCCUCCUAUCUCGAGUAACCAUCCUCAAAGCCGAGUUAGCAGACAGAUUGCCUGAGGUUGAGCAGAGAGUUACAGACUUGCAUCAUCAUAUCCCCGAUCAGAUGCAAGCAACCAUCCACGAAACCCUCCAGGUCAUGGGGGGUCAUAUUCAAACAUUAGCGGGAGUUAUGCAGCAGGCUGCUACAUCGGCAAGAUCUUCCUCCAUUGCAACCAGAGAAACAGAGAAAGCGGUUACUGCUUAUCUGAGUAAUUUGCGGACUCUUGUAUCCGACAUACGAGAUAUCGGCGGUUCACUUAUUGCAGGGUUUGAGAAAAGUCUCAAGCCGCACGAUAACUGUGCUAACAAAGGCACAGCGGACGCAUCAUCAGCUCCCGAAGCAGUUAACCCUGCAACACAAGACAUCUUUAUCGGUAAUCUGCCACCAGACGCCACGAAGAAUACAGUCAUUUCAGUGCUUGCAAGCCAGGGGUUCGUCGGGACUGUGACGCUUCCCAGAGAUAGUCUAACAGGCGAUCAUGCCGGCUUCUGUUAUGUUCAUUUCCCUUCUACCUACGCUGCAGCUGCAGCGCUGCAAGCGCUUAGAGGAAACCUCAUUGGUGACUGUACCAUUAACGUUGAAUCCGCAAAUGAGCAUUCAUUCUCAGGGCCAAGCAACGCGACCGAGUCGUCUGGCACUCGUAUCCAACACACUACCCCUGAACUUCCACACUUGACAAAAAAUGCCGGAAGGCCCAGUUAUCCAUCGUUCGUUCCAGUGAGUGAGCUAGAUAAUGAUACUAGCAAUAUCGUACCUUCAGAGCAAAAUUUGCCAAACGCCCAUCCCUAUGUGAACAAGCCGCUAUCCCAAUUCCUGAGAUGCACAGCAAUACUCAAACACAACCGAACACUGCGUUACUUAAUAAAUCCGAGACAAACCUUGCCGAACGAUAUCCGCCACUCUUUGAAUCUCAAAGUACCGAAAACCCCGGCACAAGGCCACCACCACCCGAUUCAUGUCAUGAGACCAGUCUUCAUUCUGAACCUAACGACAAUGACUGCGCACUGAGUCGGUACCCUUCAAUGCAACAGCUCGAACAGCAGCAUCUUUUCAUGCACGGUCCUUGGCCAUCCCCAGAUUGGCCAGCCCUCAGGCCUCGCACGAUAUAUGAAAAUAACAUUAAUCGUGCUAGCACUGGAAAACCAUUAGCUCCCCCAGUUCCUAGUCGAAUACCAGGAUCAUGGCCAUGGGAUCAGGAUAGCCAGAGCAGUAUACCUUCAAUGUCUAAUGCUAAUGAAAGUAGAACUGAACACGGCAUCUAUCGUGACCCAAACCACAUUAAUCCCCCAGUACUAUCGGAUCUUUCUAGCCCAUUAAAUCCACUCCACCGCCGCGCAUCCCCAUUUUCCGCAUCAAACGUAUCUGGGCUGCGUCGAAGUGCAACGGAACGUGUGCGGAGACCGCGUCCAAGCCUUUUUGAAAAUAACCCUUACCCAGAAAGACGGCUUAGCAGCCAUGAAUUAGCAGAGAUUAGCGCUGCCUGUGAAAACCCUUCGGACCUUCCUGGAACAUUUCCCCGUGAAACUCCGACGGCAGCUGUAAUGGAAGCAUCACCAAACGACCCAACAGAACUCUGUCUAUCACAGCUGAGGGCCCUUGGUUUCGGCGACGAUAGAUCUCAAGAUGUUAAUAGGCUGCGUAUAUUCGCCGAGGCUGCUAACGGAGACCUGGCAGAGGCGAUUGAGAUGAUCGAGGAAGAGAGAAAGGCUUAUGAGCAGCGUCAUGUGCAGUUUUGAAAUUGAAUCCAGCCUAUGUAACGAGCAGUGGCGCUCCGGUCCAUGUACCAUCGCUUGACAUCUUUUGGUUUAACUUGUCGAUUUUUGUUUUGGGUAUCAGCACACUGACAAUCGGUCUAUUUUCAUUUGUUCGCUUGUAUACUUGGUAGCAGGUUAGGGAUUUCACUUCUGUAUAGCAAUCAUUGAAUUUCUCCUAAAUCUUGACACUCAAAGAAAACCACAGGAUAGUCUCUCGACAGUGUAGUGCAACUCGAGUCUACUACUCAGCCUCCAGAGUCCCAUAGAGGCGGCAAAUUCAAACAUUGUUUUUGCUGUGAGUGAGUUACCCAGGACUCCUUCCCCAAAUUCUACCAUUGCCACGGCUUGUGUUUGCAGCCCACCAUAUCAACUGCUCUUUGGUGGAUACCAUAAUUAGCUGGGUUUGCUGGCCGGGGGCGUUUCAAUAAACUCCCAACUCUCUCGAGGAUUGAUCUAAACUCAUCAUCCAAGUAGAUAAGUUCCCCUAUUAUUCAACAAAAUGGUAAAAGACUCGGUUCCUCCAAUCGGGUGUGUUAAACUUUAAAAGUUUAUUUUCUAUCUUUCUUCCCACCAACAAGUCAUCAAAGAGGCCGUCUGCAAGCGCUGCCUCGUCGUGAGUAUAAGACGCCCUCAUGUAGAGCAGCAAGAUAGCAGCUUUCCCAGAAGCCAAGGCAAAAGAGUUGCACUCACAGGGAUCCUGCUGUGCGAUACAGUGCAUGUGGAGAUAUGCUUGGGUGCUAAUAUAGUUAUCUGUUCUCUUAUCUAAAUGAUCCUUAGGGUAGCGUAUGAUUGGCUUUAUGUGUACCUGGUUAAAUAACCCUGAGGAACAGAUAAUAAUAAUGGCAGUAAUAGGGAAGUUAGGAUCAAAAGUCUGACCUCAAGACAGUAUCAACUCGCUGUACAACGUAAGGUUGUUUCGAGUUUCUAUGACAUCGUUACUUAUGUAUCUUGGCUGGCCCUCCGCGCGGAUGUACUAAGUGGUCGACUAGCAAGGAUAGUUCCGGCUUUUAUAUCAAGCCACGAAAACAACGUUGACGACCUAAAAUUGCACCCCUGGCCCACGUGUUGGAGAUGGCACAUCUAUCUCGCCCGUUCCAAACUAAACGCAAAUACAACUUUUUACGCAGAUGGACAGUUGGCUGUCUGGCUUCCCU